UCAGUGAUCUAAUCUGACAUGGCUACCUAAACGGGCGGUCUUCGGACAGAUUACUAUGUCAGGUUGCGAUGCUAGUAUCUGAGUAGUAUGUGCCUCACUGACAUUCCUUGGUUAUGCUAACGUGCAUCGGGCUGGACAAGUUUCGUGCUUGAAUGUUAUUGAUUUCUCGGACGAGCAGGUGAUCUCCAGCUACAUCUACCCAUUUAGGCAGCGAACUCAGAUAAGAUCACUGAUGUGCUCAUUAUCAUGGGCGCUUACAGCAUGUCUUCCCAAAAUGACCAUUAUUACGCGUCCUUAUCCCACACAGACCGGGAAACCUACUGAGAACAUCUGUAAGGUCCUCAUAAAUCGGUUCAAAUGCACCAAGAGUGUGUUGGGCAGUCCGACACGAGCGAGGGACACUGUGCGAGCGAAGCUUACGUAAGCGGCCUGGCCCGCAGAUGCCCGAGGCGCGCGGCAAACGAACCUCGGACGUCUCGCCAACCAUA